AUGAUGGCAUUUGCACCACCAAAAAACGUAGAUGGUCCCAAAAUGCAGACAAAGAUGAGUACCUGGACACCCCUAAACCAUCAGAUUUUGAAUGACCGGGUAUUUGAAGAAAGAAGAGCUCUGCUUGGAAAAUGGUUUGACAAAUGGACAGAUUCUCAAAGGAGAAGAAUCCUGACAAGCCUGUUAGAACGCUGCUCCCUGUCACAGCAGAAGUUCUGCUGUAGACAGCUUCAGGAAAAAAUUCCAGCAGAAGCUUUGGAUUUUACUACCAAGCUUCCGAGGGUGUUAUCUUUAUACAUCUUUUCUUUCCUGGACCCCCGGAGCCUUUGUCGUUGUGCACAGGUGAGCUGGCACUGGAAAAAUUUAACAGAACUGGAUCAACUCUGGAUGCUCAAAUGUUUACGGUUUAACUGGUACAUCAAUUUUUCUCCUACUCCGUUUGAGCAGGGCGUAUGGAAGAAACACUAUAUUAAAAUGGUGAAAGAACUUCGUGUUACCAAGCCUAAGACUCCUCUGAAGGAUAGCUUUGUAAUUGCUGAUGUUCAGCCUAUUGCAAGCAGCUCUCUGGAGGAAAAGCAAUCUCCUUCAUCAGCUUUUAGACCUUCUUCCUCUUUAAGAAAGAAGAAUAGCCCAGGGGAGAAAGAACUCCCUCCUUGGCGAUCCUCUGACAAGCAUCCCACUGACAUCAUUCGUUUCAAUUACUUAGACAAUUGUGACCCCAUCGAGCAAGGCUGGCAGGGACGGAAAAAAAAGGAUGAUCUCACUCGACAAACACAUGAGAAGAAAAAGAAAUUACAGGACAGAUCUAAGCUAAGAAAAGCUCAGUCACUGGGAGUGAGGGGGGACUCCCUACCAGAAAUUGCUUCUCUGCAGAGUGCAAGUUCUAAUGAAUGUAAUGCUUUCUCUAGUUCUCUUGCUGUCAAUGGAAAAUGA